GAAUGGCUCUUUGGCGAACUACAGCCAUCCUGGAAUGAACCAAUGACAGCCUCUCUAAUGAUAUGACAAUACCACUAUAUACAGGCCAAUGCCAGGCCCAUCGACUCGUCCCCAGACUCGACACCCGCGGUCUCGAGCACGUAUCCAGUGCUCUCUCCUAACACCAUGGCAACUCCACAGACAAAGGACGACACCAAGAUCCCCGAGACGACUAGCUAUCCCGAAGCAACAGACCAUGCCGCCGGCACCAGCUACGUCUACGAUGAGGGCGCUGUCGAGAACGUCGACGAGGCCUACCUCCGCGCCUCCAAGUCGACGAGAUUCUACAGAGGCGUGUUGUUCCAGAUGAUCCUUUUUGGAGCGCUAUCCUUCGUCGGACCUGCAAUGUCGGACGCCAUCUCUAACCUCGGGGGCGGCGGCCUCUCGACACCAUACUUGGCCAACUUGGCGACUGCUCUCAGCUACAUGGCCGGCUGUCUGAUCACCGUCUUUGGCGGGCCUCUGAUCAACAAGAUAGGAAUCAAGUGGUCCUGUAUGAUCGCCGCCGUCAGUAUGCCUCUUGCUGGUUCGGCCUACUACGUGAGCGCGAAGUACUCGAUAGACUGGUAUCUUCUCUUUGCAAGA